AGUCAAGCCCGGGCCCCUGCUCGGCUCUCUACAGCGCCCUGCCCACCCGCCACACCCUCUUUGACUUGGGCUGGCCGCUGGCCCCGCCCACCUCCCGACACCGCCCCGCCCCUCCGGGCGGUCCUCGCUCCUUCGCCGGGGGACCUCGCCUCAGUCUCCGCUUCGCCUCCCGGCCCUGGCGUCGCUGUGCGGGCUGCGAGGCUCCCGCGACCCAGAAGCACUCGGGCGCGGGCGGAGCGGUGGGGCUGUGUAGCUACGCCAUGGCCGCGUCGGCGUGGUGCUGCCUGCGCUGCUGCAGGGACGGCGGGACUGGCCACAUUCCUCUCAAGGAGAUGCCGGCCGUACAGUUGGACACGCAGCACAUGGGAACAGAUGUUGUCAUCGUGAAAAACGGAAGAAGAAUCUGUGGCACUGGAGGUUGUUUAGCCAGUGCACCCUUACAUCAGAACAAAAGCUACUUUGAGUUCAAAAUCCAGUCUACUGGAAUCUGGGGUAUAGGUGUUGCAACUCAGAAAGUUAACUUGAACCAGAUUCCUCUUGGCCGAGACAUGCAUAGCCUGGUGAUGAGAAAUGACGGAGCCUUGUACCACAACAACGAAGAGAAAAACAGGCUGCCAGCAAACAGCCUUCCUCAGGAGGGAGAUGUAGUGGGUAUAACAUAUGACCAUGUAGAAUUAAAUGUAUAUUUGAAUGGGAAAAACAUGCAUUGUCCAGCAUCAGGUAUCCGAGGGACAGUGUAUCCAGUUGUAUAUGUUGACGACAGUGCAAUUCUGGAUUGCCAGUUCAGUGAAUUUUAUCAUACUCCUCCACCUGGUUUUGAAAAAAUACUAUUCGAGCAGCAGAUCUUCUGAAUGAGUUUGUUCUCAGGACUUAGACCUCUGCACCAUCACACAAGCGCUUACCACGUAAUAAAGCUCUCCUUGAUCGAGAGACUCGAACACAUGCUGAACACUGAGCUUCUAAUUGUUGUCCAAGGAACCCAUGUAUUCAUUAUACCAUGCUGAGGUUUGGUUUAAAAGAUCUAGGCAACUUAUUUAAUCUUAUUUAAACAAAUAUAUAUAGCUCUGAGUUUGAUUAACAGUAUUAUGUGGUAACAUGUAUAUAAAUAUUUAAAGGGAAUUUUUCUUAUAUAAAAUAUUUGACAGUGAUGUGUAAUUGAGUGAUUAUUUUUUUGUCAUCCUGAACUUGAGUCACCAUAGUCUGUAAUCCAAUAAUUUUGUGUCUCCCUGUCCUUUUUGAUAAAAUGAAAUGGCAGAAAUUUACAUACUUGGCAGCUUAAUUUUGCUGAUCUAUUUCCUCUGUUAAUGGACUACUUUUCUUAAAACUGAAACUGCUUCUUUUGCUGUAUUGUUGUAUCCCUGCUUUCUGUUGCCUUUUUGAAAGACGAGGAAGUUAUCAGACCAUCUUGUUGAAGACCAUCAAGAUGAGCAAGUAGUGAUUGCUCGUAGUAUACUAGCAAACUCUGUAAGAGUUAUGAUGCUUUAAAUAUAAAAUAAGCCAAGUGUGAAGGCACACACCUUUAUUUCCAGCACUUGGGAGACAAAGUCAGGUAGAUUUCUGUGAGUUUGAAGCUAGCCUAGUCUAUAUAGUGAGUAUUAUAAGUACCCAGACAACCAGGGCUGUGUAGGGAGAACCUGUCAAAAAAAUCUAAUUGUUUUUUGCUAUAAGGAAUAAUAAAGAUGUAUUAAGGAAUAUUCAGUAUUAUAUUUAAAUAUUCUUCCUGUUUUGUUAAUUAUAUGGUAAUAAUCAUGGAAAUUUUGACAUAAGUGAGUCUUCAUGGUCUUGAGCCUUUGAUCUUCUUGAGUCACUUUUUAUUAGUUAACAACCUGACUAAGCUAAUCACAUCUUCAAACAGUUAUAUUCUUUUUCUCAGAUAAGUAUAGUCAGGAGUCAUCACAACAAAUUGUAUGAUGUUGUGAGGCAAGGAAAAUAUGGACGCUAGAAUUCAGAGAACAGUUGCCCAGUUUCCUUCUGUCCUCUGCUGCUGAGUUUCUCAGAGUCUACCUUACACAAAGGGUAAUCAUACUGACAUGCUGAGAGCCUGUGACUAGUUGAUGGUGUGUGUAAAAUGCUUUAAUUAUCAGCACUUAAUAAAAAUAGCCAUGAUUAUUGUGAAGCAGUGAUUUUCAUGGUGUCUUAGACCAGCAGGAUCACUGGGGAACUCUUUAGAAUAGGGGACAUUCUUGGACCCAGCCCAGACUUAUGCAGUAGAGACUCAGGUCAGGGGUGUAUUCUGGACCCUGUGCAUACUAGACUAAGCAGGUAAAAUGUCUCGAGAUUUAAGGCAGGCUGGUUUUAAUUCCAGAAGCUAUGGAGUUCUGCACAAUGCUUAUGUGUUAUUUAGUAGACUACAUUUGGUUAUGUGCUUCGCAAACAUAUUUACAUAAACCCACAUUUUACCUCUGAAGAUAUAUAGAAUUCAGACUAUAUAUGUUAUUUAUUGACUUUCAUCUGACUUUCUAUUUUAGUAAUUUUGAUUCACAACAUGUUUAACUGGGUGUGGUGGCACAAGACAGUAACCUAGCACUUGAGAGAUCAGGGAAGGAGGCUCACAAAUUUAAGGCCAGACUAGACUAUGUACUGUAAUGUUCCUUGUCUCAAAAUACAGAGGAGGCUAGCUGGAUAGAUCUAUGUGGAAAAGAGAAUUCUCUAAUUUCAGUAUACUGCUUUUAGUGAUCUUAGUACAUCCAUCUGUUAUGUUUUUAGAUUUUUUUAUUUAUGUCUAUGUGUAUGUGUAUAUCUGCAGCAUGUAGGUACCCAAAGUCUAAAGAGUGCAUCAGAUCACCAAGCUGGAGUUACAUGCAGUUGUGAGCUGUCUAGUGUGGGUCCUGACCUCUGCAAGAGUAGCAAGUGCUUUUAAUGGCUGAGCCAUCUGACCAAUCCCAAACUCUUGUUUAUAUUUGUAAAAGCUAUUUUUUAAAUCAUCACAUUCUUUUCUUUUUCUGAUAUUGUAUUUAUUCAUUCACAGUCUUAUACAUGUAUGCAGUAUAUAUUUCUUACCAUUUUUCUUUUAAUUUUAAUGUUAUAAUCACAUGUUAUUUAUUCCCUCUUCCCUUUCCUCCCAUAUAACCCUCCUAGUUCUCUUUCGAAUUCAUGGCUUCUUUUUUUAUUAAUAGUUGUUACAUGUAUACAUGUAUAUACAUGUAUACAUAUACAUACAUACAUGUAUAUACAUGUAUAUUCCUAAAUGUAAUCUGCUCAGUCUGCAUAAUGUUAGCUCGUCUGUGCGUGUGCACAGGGCUCACCAUUUUGUAAUGGUGUCCUCUUCCCUGGAGAGGACUGUUUCUCUCACUCUGCAUUCCUUAGUUGUCUGUCAUUCUUUGUGUAGGUUUGAGGUCACUUGGUCUUUCCCUUGUCCACUUUGGCCUGUUGUUGUCCUUGUUCAGCUCAGGUGUAGUCAGACAUGUUUUUUUGUUUGUUUGUUUUUUGUUUUUUAAAGCACUUUGUAUUUAUAGCUUUCUUUUCUUCUCUUCUCUUUUCUUUUUAAAGAUUUAUUUUAUUUACAUGAGUACACGGUAGCUGUCUUCAGACACACCAGAAGAGGGCACCAGAAGAGGGCAUCAGAUCCCAUUACAGAUGGUUGUGAGCCACUAUAUGGUUGCUGGGAAUUGAACUUUGGACCUUCAGAAGAGCAGUCUGUGCUCUUAACUGCAGAGCCAUCUCUCCAGCCCCUUAGUCAUGUUAAUGAGACUUUCAGGGUAUAGAUUCUGACAUUACUAGGAGACACAGUCUGAGAGCAAACUCCCUGAUCCUCUGGCUCUUACAGUCUUUCUACUCCCUUUUCUACAGUGUUCCCUGACCCCUAGGCGUGGGAGUUGUCUUGUAGAUGUAUCCCUUGGGACUGUGUUCCACAACUCUGCAUUUCGAUUGUUACGAGUUUGUGUCAUGGUCUCUGUUGUAAGUGGAUCGUUAAAAUGGAUCUGUUGCAAAGAAAAGUUCCACGGAGGGAUGAGGACUAGGAGCCUUCAGUAAAUGAGAACAUGUGACAUUUGUCUUUCUGGGUCUGAGUUACCUUACUCAAUAUGAUCUUCCUAUCUACUUAACCUGUAAACAUAAUGAUUUUAUUUACAUCUGAAUAGUAUUCUGUAGUAUUCUACAUUUUUCAUUAUAAAAGAGCAACUAGAAAUAAAGCAUCAAAAGGUCC